GUGGGAGGACAGAGAGGGCAGAAAGUAGAGAGAAUAAGCAGAUGACAGUAAAUAAGAAAGAGAGAGAGGAAGAGAGAGCGAGAGAGAAAGAAAUGACUCAGUCUUGGAAACUGUCUAGAGAGCAGUAGAGAAAGAGAGCAGUCAUAUCUGCGUCAGCUAAAACCCGCUAAUACGAUCAAGAUGAGUGUCUGCUGCCGCCGCUGCUUCUCGCACCGCUUCACUCCGCCUCGACUCGUCCCUCUUCUUCAAAUCCUCUGCCUGUCUGUGGCCUAGUCGAGAAGCAGCCAUCACACCUGAUCUGAGGAGACUUAUGAAAGACAGGAGACAGGAUCAGGAGGUCGAGGAACGGAAGGUUAGCUUCUUAGUAAGAUUGACGUGUGAAGAGCUAAGAGACACAAAUUGCUUCCAUUCAUGGAAAUCUGGAUUUCAAGUGCUGAAGUUCUGGUUCCUGGUUCUGUCAUCUUUUGGCAUAUCUUCCGUAUUUUGUAACAAAAAGUUUUUCUGCUCCACAUCUGGGGUGUAGAAUCCUGGGUGUGUGUGAUCCCAGUGACCCAGAUGACCCCAGAACAGGGACUGUUGUGUCAAGAGUGAUCUCACCCCCCUGGUGAGGACAGUGGGUAACAGGCCGCGACAUCACUGGGACGGAACAUCUCUGACCAUCAGACUGAGAGAAACCAGCGAGGAGGACCAGCGCUGAAGAAGGAGGCACGGUACAGAAAUUUGCUUUAUUUUAUUUUUCCAUCUCCCUGAACAGUCACGAAUAUAGUUGGAAGAAGAAAACCUCCUCCUGGGAUCAACCAAGUAACCAGAUGUUCCCUGCAGAGAGAUUCCGCUCACCAGAUGCGAGAGGGAUGCUCUGAUUAGGGAACGACUCCCUCGGCCGCUAACCGCCAACUUUGAGAUCAUCUGUGUGUAAGCCGCUAACCGCUAAAUCCUCAGAGAUGUCAAGAACAUCACGAGCUCCUGCUGUUGCAGCGUGAGGCUCAGCUGCCUUCUCAUUUCUUAACCCACUUCUCUGGAAAGUUUAUUUUUCAAACUUUUGAUGUGGAGUUAGUUUGCAUCUGGAGGAUAAGUAGUAACUGCGUGGAAGGAGAGGAGAGUGGGGCAGGGUUACUUUUCUACUAUCCAGGGGAGUGGAAGUGAAAUAUUUACCUGAUCGAAUAGUCAGGAGAGGAUCAGGGAUCUGAGCUGUUGCCUUGUGACUCUGAAGGUUUGCACAUUCAAAGGAAGUACAACUUUUUUUUAUUCCUUCAUUCAUUUAUUUAUCUUCUGCAGUCACUCUGUUCUUGACAGGACUGCAACAGAUCCAGAUCCCGGGAAUAGAUUCUGGAUGGUCCAUCACAGGGUCUGCUUUAGCACUUUGUGUGGGCGUCUGAAGCAGGGCUCUAUGGAAUAACAGAGGUCACUGGCCAUGCCUGUAGCCUUGCGCACAAGGAGCUGGGAGGAUCAUGUAACCCCACACUCGAGGAAACAGUACAGCUACGAUGACCUUGACCUAGUUUGCUGCCAUGCCGGUGUUGGAGGGAGCGGUUCCCCCUCGGGUCGCAGGCGGCGAGAGCGAUGCGCAUCCAUGCCAGAAUGCUGCCGUUAUCAUCCUGGCUUUGAGAGCUGUCCUGGGGAAGAUAGGAACAAGAGGAGGAGGACUUUAUCUGGUACUUUUAAGGGUACAUCAGCUAGCUAUGAAGCUAACAGUCAAGUAGUUACCAAAGGUCAGACUUUUGUGAAGGUCAUAAAAUCAGUGGCAGAUGAAGACAGUCCCAACUGUUCAGAAACCAUUUCGAAUCAUUUUCUUUAUGAAAGCUUUGAUGAGAUACAUAUGAAAGAUAAAAAGAUCACCACCAAAGCUAUGGCCACAUCCUCGGGCAGUUCUUCAACAAAUGCUGCAGAAGAACAGGCCAAGAAUCUAGAUAGCUCUACAGAAACAGAAACCAAGGAUGCCUACAAAGAUAAUGCUAAAGUCAACAUUGACGUGACAGCGGAAUUGACAGGAAAGCCUAGAAGCAGUGAGUCAAAGGUAGAAGGCAACAUUGGUGGUCCGGUAGUAGAAUCAAGCAUGCUACAUCACCAACAGGUAAUGAGGACAGGAGUAGAAGUGACAGUGGGUGAUAAAUUUGAUCCUCAUGUCUGUAGUGAUGCCAUCACAGAUACUGACCUGACCACAGAGACCAAGCAGUCUGAAGAAUCUCAGACUCCCAAGAAUAAUGUUCUCAAUUCUAACAUUCCAAAUGACCAGGUAGUCACAAGCGUAGAGGUUCUGCAGGCUCACAACCUCAACGCAUCCACAGAACUUGAGUUUUCCUCGUGUGAAUUCCGAAGCACUUGUAACCCUGACACCUACAGAGACUGCCACGCCAAACUGGACACCAUUCCUGAGGUAUCCUUUACAGAGUCGGGAGAGGAAGUGCUAGCUCCGGUGCUGGAGAACAUGCCUAGCCUCCAUAUUUCCACAACUUUAGUGGGUCUUAAGGGUGCUGGAAACAAUAAAGGCAGUUCUGUAGAACUCGAGUUGCAGAAGGAUACCCCCGAGGCAGGAUUUCUAGGAAGGGUCUCGCCAGAGUGCGAUUCCUCAAUUGAAAGCAGAAUGGAAACCGCUGAUCAUGUGAUGAUUCUUCAGACGAGUCAAAAUGUGGAUGAGGUAGAAAGAGACCCCAAACCUCAGGAAGUACCUGUCAGGCUCCGCACACAGAAGAGCUCGAGGGAGGACAGAGAGCGAGAACGUUCUCAGCUGGACUCCAUGGUUCUGCUCAUAAUGAAGCUCGAUCAGCUGGACCAGGAGAUCGAGGACGCUUUAGGCUCUGCCCCCUUCCCAAAGGACACGCCCACUGCCAAGAGUCGCUUUGUUUCUGAAGUGGAUUUGGUGUCCCUGGACGGAGAGGGAAGUCUCUCGGGGUCACUGCGUUCCCUGGACACUCCUCAUCAUCACUCUUCAUCGUCGCUGUGUUCCGUCAGAAACAGAACAUCUGCUGCGUUGACGGAGAAAGAUCGAGCAGAAAUCGAGGCGAAGGAGGCAUGUACGUGGCUCCGGGCCGCUGGGUUCCCCCAGUACGCUCAGCUCUAUGAAGAUGGUCAGUUUCCUAUCCAGAUCUCGUCAGUCACCAGAGAUCAUGACUUUUUGGAUCGAGAUGCCAUCGAAGCACUUUGCAGGAGACUAAACACUCUUAACAAGGGUGCUAUGAUGAGGCUGGAGAUCACUCCUCAGAGAAAGCGAAGUGAAGACUCCGAUGAAGAUGAGCCCUGUGCCAUCAGCGGUCGUUGGACUUUUCAGAGGGACAGCAAGCGCUGGUCCCGUUUGGACCAGUUGGACCUGGAUGUCUUCACAUCUCCAGCAGGUGAUGCUAUUUCUGCCCCUACCUUCCUCUACUCCCAGGAUCAGCGCUUGCCUGGUGGCCACUUGCUUCGGGAGAGGGUCAGUGCUAGUGCCGAAAGUGUGCUAACAGAUCUUAGCGAGCAGCCAGAGGUGGGAUCCUUGCACAGUGCCGGAAGUGGUGGUCAUGGAGGGUCACGUAGUAUUACGGUGCCAUCCAGCCCGGCUGACACCAAUUCCAACGUAGCUACAGCCUCUACGACCCGUGCUAGCUCUGUUGCUAGUGUGUGCUCUUCUGGGACUUCUGGUGCCAAUGAGGAUUCGUUUUCUGAAGGGAUUCCUUCACCACUUGAACAUGGAACUUUUGCAUUUGAUGCCAGAACCUUCUCAGGAAGUAGUGGGGAUAAUAAAAGUACACGGUCAAGGGCCAAGAGCUUUUUGAAGCGUAUGGAAAGCUUGCGACUGCGUAGUAGCAGCAUGUCUUCAAAGCGUAAAAAGAAAGGCUCAGUCAGCAACGGGAGGCUAGAGAUUAGCAGUCCAGUUUUGAAGGAAGGUCUGGAUGAGGACAAGCUGCGGCAGCUCAACUGUGUCGACAUUGCCACACUGGAUCGCAGCGGGACCCACAACCGCAGCAUCACCUACUCCACACAGACAAGCAGUGGAAGCACAGGCAGCAGCAAUUCAGAGACUAGUAGUGGAAGUGCUGUGAGUACACCCAGUCCGAUCACGAGGGCUCGGAGCCACAGCACAGCAGCCGGCUCCAUAAAGCGGGUCGGGAUGUACCUGGAAGGGUUUGACCCAUUCAGUCUUGUUCAGGACAAUGAGAACCUGGAGAUCCGGAACUGUGAGCGAAGGCCUGAGCCGAGCAUGACCACGGAGAACAACCUACGGAACCGCAAAAGGACUGAUGAGAAGCAAGCGGAACAUAAGACGAUAGAUGAGGAGUCUGGAGUGAUAUAUUUUUAUCUUCCUGAUGGUCACAAACCGGGCACCUUUCCCAAGUCACUUGCCGAUGGUGCUUCCUUUCACCGAAGUGACAGCAGGCCUCAUCGCAGGUCCUCCACUUCAUUAGACAGUCGGUUGAGUUUCUAUGACAAUGUGCCGUCUGAAAUAGGGGACGAGGAAGAAGAUGAACCAGAGGUAGAGGAGGAGGAGCCAAAAAUCGAGGACGUGCUAGAGCGAGUGACUGGCUUGCAGCGAUUGGUCAGCACAUGGACAGAAGCAGGACCUGGUGAGGAUGAAGAGGAGGAAGAAGAAGGAGACUCGGACUCGGCUUUGGAUUCUGCCUCUCCUUGCCCUUCAUCUCCGUUACAGAACCGCUUGAUGGAGACGGAGAAUGGGAGUGACCAGGAGAGCACAGGAAACCCUCUAGGCGAGCAGGACGACACGGUUAGCGUGAGAGAUAGACGAGACUCGGGUGUGGGAGCAUCACUGACCCGAACUAACAGGCCUCAGAAGAUGCGCUGGCCCAGUUUUCAGAACUCGCACCGACCGAGUAUGUCAUCGUCCACGCUGCAGCUCGACUGUCAGUCAGUACUACAGAUGAAUCUGCUGCAGAAAUACAGCCUGCUGAAACUCACAGCUCUGCUGGAGAAACACACACCUACCAACAAACACGGCUUCAGCUGGGCCGUACCCAAGUUCAUGAAACGGAUGAAAGUGCGCGACUCAAAGGAGAGGAGUGUGUUUGGCGUGCCGCUGCAGGUGAACGUGCAGAGGAGCGGACAGCCAUUACCGCAGGGCAUCCAACAGGCCAUGCGCUACCUGCGCAACCACGGCCUCGACCAGGUGGGCUUGUUCAGGAAGUCAGGGGUGAAAUCACGCAUUCAGGCUCUGCGCCAGAUCAAUGAAUCGUGUGGCACAGAAGGGGGCGGAGUCAGCUAUGAGGGCCAAUCAGCUUAUGACGUGGCAGACAUGCUGAAACAGUACUUCAGAGAUCUACCUGAACCGCUGGUCACCAGCAAACUGUCUGAUACCUUCCUGCAGAUCUAUCAGUUUAUUCCUGUGGAACAGCGUCUGCAGGCGGUGCGCGCCGCCGUGUGUUUACUUCCUGAUGAGAACCGGGAUGCUUUACACACGCUGCUGUGUUUCCUGAGUGACGUGGCGGCCAACGUGAGCGAGAAUCAGAUGACCUGCACCAACCUGGCUGUGUGUCUCGCACCGUCACUGUUUCACCUGAAUACCGCCCGCAGGGACGCAUCCUCACCCAGAGUGAUGAGCAGGAAGAACACACUCGGGAAACCGGACCAAAGAGACCUGAAUGAAAACCUGGCAGCAACACACGGCCUCACGCACAUGAUCCAGGAGUGCAGGAAACUCUUCCAGAUCCCUGAGGAAGUGUGCGGCUGCAGGAACUCCUACAUGGAGCAGGCUUUAGUUCCCCCUCGCAUGGAGGACCUGCUGGACGAGUCUCAGGGCUACAGGAGCCUGGUGAAGGACAGCAUGGACGCUCUGCUUAAAGAAGCCAAGGAGAAGUUCAGAGGCUACGAUACCUGCUCGACCCCUGAACAUGCUGAACUGGCGUACAAGAAGGUGCACGAUGGCUGGUCACUGCGGCAGUGGAAGGUGUGUGUGGACAUGGCGACUGGAGUGGACGAGGUUCUGCAGCGAAUCAUCCGUGAGCAGGAACGAUGGGAUGAAGAUCUGCUCGAGAGCCGUGUGAUCGAAACACUCGACAACAACACGGAUAUUUAUCAGUACAUCCGCAACAACAUGGCGCCAAAUCCAGCCACCGACUACGUGGUGCUGAGGUCAUGGGUGACUGACCUCCCUAAAGGUGCGUGUGCGUAUGUGUGUGUGUCGGUGGAGCACGAGGCUGCGCCAGUACUUGGUGUACGGGCCAAUGUGAUGACCUCACGCUACCUCAUAGAGCCAAGCGGCCAGAACAAGAGCCGCGUCACACACAUCUCCAGAAUAGACUGCAGGGGUCGGUGUCCAGAGUGGUAUAACAAGCUGUAUGGCCACCUGUGUGUCUCUGAACUGGUGCGGAUACGAGACUCCUUCACCUGCCCACUGGACAAAUGAACACACACACACACACACACACACACACACACAGACGCACCUGGACCAACAACGAUGAAGAAUCUAUAAAUCACACACAAAGACAGCAUGUUGAUCCUUCAAGCUACGGUCAGAGGUCGUGACCUUUGCAUUCUAAGAUAAAAAGGUCAUGUGACGGAAAGGACUGGAACGGACACACCUGCUGCUGUGACAUCAUCAGUGAUGUCAUGGAAGGACUUGAAAGGGGGGAGGGGAGGGGAGGGGAGGGUUAGGGUGCUACUGCUUCUGAGAAGCAAGGGGUGUGGGUGUGUGUGUGUGUGUGUGUGUGUGUCGUUGACAUGUGAGACAUAUUCCAUGCACUGGCACCCUAGUAGAGAAUAGUAUGUACACCUCUACCUGUGUGUUGUGUGUAAGAUUCUGCAUGAUUAUUUACAGCUCUUUCACCAUACCUGCCUAUAGGAUGGAUGGAUGGAUGGAUGGAUAGAUAGAUGGAUAGAUGGAUAGAUAGAUAGAUAGAUAGACGGAUGUGUAUAGAUAAAGGAGAGAUGUCCGAAUCGGUGGUGGCUGGAACACCUCGAAAAACUUGAGAACGCGUGACGGGUGCGCUAACAAGAACCGCUUUCAUUUCAUCACGUAUAUAAACUUCACGUGAACCUUCUGUUUAACAAACGUUCUAGCCACGUUACCCUUAUACCCUUGUUGCUAUGGUUACUUCCUGAAAACCUUCCGUCGCCUCGCUCCGUUCUUGUGGAGUUUAAUUCAAACGUCUGAUUCUGGUUUGUAUUUAACGUUUGUUUAAAGUUCGGCUCGUUGUCAUGGUUACAUUCCAGCAUAGUUACCGCUUAUUAUUAUUAUUAUUAUUAUUAUUUCAGAACUGUGAUUCAUUUCUGCAGCCGUGAUGUAAAAUCCGAUCGUUUCAGUGAAUAUUAUUUUAAAAAGCUGAAAUUUCCAGUUUACUCGCCGUUUACCUCAACUUGUGGAAUAUUUGUAACGUUAUUUUUCGCUAAAUCGUACUUCAUCUUCAUCUCCUGAUGGAACGGAAAUGGUUCUUGUCGGUUCACUCGGACUUUUUCUACGAAGGGAAAAUGUUACUGGACCAAAAGAUUUCUUCAGCGAUUUUCUGGAGUAAAUGACAGUUGUGCUAAAAAAAAAUAAAUAAAUAAAAAAAAACAGGAAGUAGACAGAUCGAGGGAUUAUUAGUUCAGAGAGGAUUUAAGAGUGAAGAGAGAGAAUUUGGAAUAAGAAGUGUGAGGAAGGAGGAGCGUAAAGAGGAAUCGAGUUCUGGGUUCUCAGAGGGCAGAUUAGCUUUAAAGCACAAUAGCGGCUAAGCACAAUGUGCGUGUUAUCGUUUGUCUGACGCUAUUGUAGCCUGCGUUCACGCUAGCAAGCAUGGCGUAGGUGCUCGAUUGUGGGUGUGGCCUGUACGUAGCUGUACGUACAUCAGAUUCAUUAGUGUUAACGAUUAAACUAACCAGCUACGUACUGCUACGUCAGCUCCUCCGAUUGUUCUUCAUAGCAUCUCUCAAGGCAUUUUUGUGAGCGAGGAAAUGUUUAAGAUUGGGUUUGCGUACGCGGGAAACGUGCUAGCGUGAAUGUAGAGUCAGUCACCUGUCACAUAAUCAUCACCUUCUGAUGUCGGCUCCUCCUUAGUGUGCUAGGGAUGCUAGUGGUGAUGUCGGCUCCGCUCCCGUGUGCUAGCGAUGCUAACAGUGGCGCAUUCAGAACUAAAUACUCAGUUUAAAGGGGUGGAAAGUGACUCUUUUUGUCAUUCGGACAGUGUUAAUGUAAAUGAAGUAAUUCUGCAAAACAAACAAAAACAAACAAACGCUUAUUUAUUCUCAUAAACUCGCACGCUAGAACACAAACGCUGCUUUCUCCGCGUAACUAAACCUCCUCAUGGGAUUGGGAAAUAUUCGAGUAAUAAACCUGACUUGAGACAGGAAAUGUGACUAAAUCUCCUGCGCUGUAAGUGUGUGUGUUUGUAUAUAUAUGUGUGUGUGUGUGUGUGUGUGUGUGCAUUAACACAGCGCAUGACUGAGCGUUAAUUUAAAGCUUUGUGUAUUUAAACAGAUAUAUCGGGAUUUGAUUUUGUAUCUUAUUUUAUUGUAAAUGUUUCUGCUUUAAAGUGACGGAAAAUUGAGAAAAACAGUUUAUCUUUUUUAUAAUUAAUAUUAUUUCUGUACAGAUUAUUCGCAAAGUGCACUAUUAAACCUAUUCAAACCAGGGGGAGGAGUCUGACCUGAG